AUGGACAGGGAGAAGUACCGUGGUCUGCAGAAGACCGGCGUGACGUCAGGCGGCGGAGGAUCGCGUGAGCGCCGCGGCGCCGUGCGCCGUCGUUCGCGCCACAACACCGACAAACGGGCGUUUUCACACAGAAAAACACAAGUUCCCUCUGCGGAGGUAUUGCCAAAAACAAGGAGGCUCUGGCAGACGGUGGGGGUUGCCAGGGGGCCGACGGGGGAGGGGGGCGGCCGUAACAGUUUUACGAUCGGAUACGAGGGUGUGCUCAUGCGCGCUGCAAUUGGCGGGAUACAUGGAUUUGCA